AUGGAGCCCAGUGGAGGCAGGCCUGAGAAUCAUACGGCCUUCGCCGUCGUUUCGAAGACCUACCAUAACACCAAUGUUAACCGAAACGAGAACCAAACCAUUGCGGACCAGUAUGCAGUUACCUCACAGCAGGGCAAUUCACCAGAGACACAGCGUUCCACGCUGGACAGUCCUCAAUCACUUAAUGGUCCCCAAAGUUUACUUGAUGAUAAUCCUCAUGAUCCUAUGAUAUCUGCAGAGGAUGCGUUUUACAUGGAGCGAUAUUGCUAUAUUCUGGGAUCAUGGUUCGAUGUCUUUGACUCGGCCAAACACUUUUCGAGAGUAGUCCCUCACCUCUCAUUGACACACCCGGUCCUUCGGCUCUCGGUUUUGGCAUGGGCUGCCAAACAAUACUACUUGACGAACUUGACUCAGUCGGUUGACACGUCUUUGGCAUACUAUGAUCGAGCAUUGAGAAUGCUGACAGCAUCUAUCAACGACGUUUCUACCUCAUCUCCACCCGCCGUCUUUGCAUCAUGUCUCCUUCUUGCAAUAUCGGAAUUGAUGGGUGACAGUUACCAAGAUUGGCAAUUGCACCUCGAAGGAACGUACUCACUCGUCUUGACUCACGGCUGGCACGGGCGCAGUGUUGGUCUGGGAGGGGCCUGUUUCUGGAUCUAUGCAAGAAUGGACGUUCUUUCAUCUCUCUCAACAGCCGAGUGCAGUCGUUUGAGCACAGAACUUUGGAUGCCCGUCGACGACGAAAUUCAUAUAUACGGACUUCUGGACUCUCCGACUCUAGAGGACUGGUCCAACCAGACAGUGUUUCUUCUCGCAGAGAUUCACAACUUGUUAUGCAAAGUCCGGGCCGCGGAGUCUGACGAGACGUUCAAUGGUUUUCUCGAGACAUGGAAUGCAUUAAAGGAAAAGAUCCGGCUGCAUAAGCAGCGACAGCCAAUCCAGUUCAAGCCUCUCGCGGUCCUGGAAGCGGGCGACACGAAGGACAACCCCUUUCCAACGAGGCGAUAUCUGAGUGAAAGUGUCUCCCUAGCCACCCAAUUUUGGAAUGUUGCACAGUUGCUUUUUAUCCUUGCGCGGCCGGAACGGAGCCGGCGAGAACGGUGUGACAGAUACCGGACGGAGGCGAAGACCUUCAUGACACUCGCCAAGCGAACAGUCGCAAUCAGUAUUCACAAUCGGCAUGAAAUCAAUUGGGUUGGAGCAACGCAAUUACUCAGCGUCACAGGUAUGGCGAUUGUGGACUGGGCCGAGCGCAAAGCAUUAUUGAAAUGCCUUAAGGAUAUCCACCUUCGUACGGGCUGGAAUACUCACGAAGUAAUUGAUGCUUUGCUCGCGUGGUGGGGGUGGUCGGCUCCACUGAACGAAAGAGGCCAAUCCUGGACGGAUGUUCAUCAAGAGAUAGGACCGUAUGCGAGCGUCUCGGAGUGGAUGCUUCGUAUGUUUGACUGCGGCGUUGUCAUGAAAGCUGCAAGACUGAGCAGCCAGACCCAAUAG